GGCUCCGCGCACCCGCCCGCGCGACUGCCGACCCUCGCCCGGACGCGCCGCCGGCCCGGCCCUCGCCCGCGCCAUGUCAGGCUCCUCCAGCGUGGCCGCCAUGAAGAAGGUGGUGCAGCAGCUCCGGCUGGAGGCCGGGCUCCACCGCGUGAAGGUCUCCCAGGCAGCUGCAGACUUGAAACAGUUCUGUCUGCAGAAUGCGCAGCAUGACCCCCUGCUGACUGGAGUGUCCUCAAGCACAAACCCCUUCAGACCCCAGAAAGUCUGUUCCUUCUUGUAGUCAAAUCUUCAGAGGUUUCCUAAACUACUUUUCAUGAACCAGUGAAUAUUCAAGAAAACUAAAUCGAAGCCUGUAUAAAAGCUUCCCUGUAACACGUGCCAUAAGAUGCCGUUUUCUACUUGUCAGUCUUUAACAUCUACCUCUGAGUUUUCAUGAAUUUCUACUUCACAAUGUUAUAGCUAUUUUGUAUACACUGGCUGCAGAAUACAAUAAAACAGCAUAAAUAUCCUUGGCCUUUUAA